CAGUUGUUAUCUAGCUAGCUAGGCUAACGUAGCUAGCCAGCAAGUAUGGUCACUAACGCCUACUGCUUUGCUGGUGGUUGCAUGACCUGUCUCGUAAACACGAAGGAUACGAACUAACUCGCUAGUCAGCUACCGAUACUUAAUGUAUUGAUAAAUUAAAAUGACCAGGUGUCAACAGAUGAAUAUACAUACUAGCUAACUGUUUGACAAAUAAAACAUGGCAAUGGCUGAAAGCAUUAUCAAUUCUCAUGGCAUUGUAGAAGAUCAUGAGGGAGAUAAUGAAGAUUCUGACUCAAACCUCCAAGUGGAGCUCAAUGUGUUCAGGGCCCAAUGGAUGUCUGAACUGAAGCCCAACUCUGGGUCCAAUGGGGGGAACAGAGGACUGUCGUCAAGAGCUGCAGACCUGAGAAGAAAACAGGAACUGGCCCGGGAGGAAAAAGCCAGAGAGUUGUUCCUAAAAGCUGUUGAGGAAGAAGAAAAUGGAGCUGUUUAUGAAGCAAUUAAGUACUAUCGCAGGGCAAUGCAGAUUGUGCCUGACAUUGAGUUUAAAAUCAACUACAGUCGUUCUCCUGAUCCAGAUGGUGGCAAUGAGAAGGACAUGGAUGGUGAAAUAGAGGAUCUACUGGCCUACUUCCAUCAGCAGCUCACUCUGCAAGACAACUCUCUGAAGAUAUGUGUUCCUGAGGUGGAGAUGACUCAGAUGCACAUCUCAGCCCUGCCUCCAGAGGUCUUGAUAUACAUAUUCCGCUGGGUUGUGUCUAGUGAUCUGGACCUGCGUGCCCUGGAGCAGCUCUCCCUAGUCUGUAGAGGCUUCUACAUUUGUGCUAGGGACCCAGAAAUUUGGCGUUCGGCCUGUCUAAGAGUGUGGGGUCGGAGCUGUACCAAACUGGUACCCUUCAACUCCUGGAGGGAGAUGUUUCUUGAGAGGCCACGUGUGCGCUUUGAUGGUGUUUACAUCAGCAAAACGGCAUACAUCCGUCAGGGAGAGGAGUCCCUUGAUGGAUUCUACAGGGCUUGGCACCAGGUGGAGUAUUACAGAUAUCUGCGUUUCUUCCCUGAUGGCCAAGUCAUGAUGCUGACCACGCCUGAGGACCCACUGGUCACCGUUCCUCGUCUGCGUAGCAGGAACACCAGAGUGGAGUCCAUUAUGUGUGGUCAUUACCGUCUGUCGCAGGACACAGACAAUCAAACCAAAGUCUUUGUUGUUGUCUCCAAGAGAAAAGAAGAGAAGGUGGCAGAGUACCAGAGAAACUCUCGGUUUUGCCGGCGGAACCCAGCGGCGCCCGAGACAGAGCACAGCUUUCACGUGGGACUGCAGCUGUCGUCUGGCGGGCGCCAGAGCUUCAACAAGCUGAAUUGGAUUCACCAUUCCUGCCACAUCAACUACAGAUCCACCGGAGAAACGGUUGUCACUGCCUUCGACUUGGACCAGAUGUAUGCAUCUUUCUUCUUUGCACGUGUGAAAAGCUACACAGCAUUUUCUGAACGCCCACUGUAGGGAAGCCUAGAGAGAAGAGAUAAACGUCACCACCCAACAGUUUACACAACACUUAAACUAAAUGCCUGUUGGCUUUGGGCUGAACUAUGAUUUUUAAUGAAUGUAUACCAAUCAACCUGCAUCUGAUUCUAAACUUAUUGUGUUUGCCACAUAGCCAUUGUGUCUAUGGCUGUCACAGAAAACAAAAAUUAUUCUACUGAUCCUUCUUUUGAAGACUGGAUAGUUGUCCAGUAUGAUGACAUAAAAUGUCAAUAAUAGAUUUUUCACCCAUUUCCAACAAUGAAUAUUAUGACAUUGUUUUUGUUAAUUCUCUAGUAAUAUAUUUUCUCCCAUAUGGUAAAUCAACUGGAAUAAACAAAAGUGGGAA